AGUGUAAACUCAACUUUAAGACAGAACAGUCGGUAAAACAGGAAGUUUCUUACAUAAAAAUACUUUUAUUGAACUGUCAAUAUUUUUGACAACUACAAAAUCAAAAAAAAUAAUAUCUACCUACAUGUUAUCAAAAUUUUAGUGAUACACCCACAUAAAAUGUUCAUAUCUUAAUUAGUAUAAAAAUUCGUGAAAUGUCCAAUAAACUAGUUAAGAAUGUCUACUGAUAGUGACUCUGACGAAUUUUACGAUGCAGAAGAUAAUUCACCUAGUAGUGCAAGGAAAAGUAAGAAGGUUUCGAAAGAGACUUUAUCUAAGAGAGCUUGUUCUGAACCCAACAUAUUAGGCUUGAAUGAGGUGGAUGAAGCAGCUGAUGAUUUAAAGCAAUUAACUGAAAACAGAAUUAAGGAAGUAUCCAUUGGCGGUAGAAAGAAAUUUAAGGAGCUUCGUCAAAAGCUUCAACAUGAUGAUGAAGACUAUCAAGCUGGAAACAUUACACCUCCAAAUAGUCAAAAUUCAUCAGUCGAGGGAGUUUUUGCAGGGACCAGUAGAACUACCCAUCCAUUUCGUAUUAUAGAACAAGAUACUAUUAGUUUACAGAGUUUAAAUUCUUUAGGUAGAGUCGGAAGAAUAUUAGGAGGUGUUUCAGAGACAGGAGCUUUAUCAGAAACAGGAAAGAAAGCUACUUCAGGUUCAGCGUUAUCUACAAGUUCAUUGGAUUCAGAAUCAACACAGAGUUCCAAUAAACAAUAUUCCCAAUAUCCUAGUACAUUGACACUAUCUCCAGGUAUACCACAAACGAGUUCUUCUGAAAAAGCAUGUCUUCCACUGCAGGAACCCGACGUCAUUGCUAGCACAAAAUCGUCCUCACAAAAAAAUAGUUUUGAUUCAACACAUUCUCACGCUGCCACCAAUUUAGAUGCACCUAUUGCUCCACCCAGGCGCAAAAAGAAAAAUAAAGAUUCUGCGACAUCUCUGGCACUCACAAAAUCUGCUUCUAGCACUAAUUUCAAGUCUUCUGAACUAGCUAGCCCCGCUACUACUAUAGAAUCACUAACUAGGGAAUUUGAACAUUCUUUAGACCGUUUACCGUCAGUCAAAUCAACCAAAUCCGACAAAUGUGGCGGAGCCGAAUCACAAAGUUCAACAUUACGCUCAGGCCAUUCUUUAGACAUCAGACAAGCGCUGAAAGGACAGUUUGUCGUUAGACCACAUGAUAAUGAUAGUCUGAAAGCACAACCAGCUUCCAAAGGAGAAUUAGAGAGCGACAGUAUGGACAAGUUAAGCGUAUCAACUGAGAAAACUGCUACCACCAGUAGUAGCCCUAGGAGUUCUAAUCGAAGCAGUCUUGGGCAUUACAGUUUAGGACCACAUAGAGGAACACACCAAAAUGAUAGCAAACAUUCUUCUAAAGAACGUAGAAAAUCUGCAGGUGAUGAGAAUUUCCUAAGGAAUUUGCACCACGUUCGUACCCAUACAGAUUCCGGAAAACAACUCUCUGAUCUGGAAAUUCUCGAACAAGUAACAGUACUAAAUUUGGACACUGGAGAACGGGUGCCACUUAGUGUCGCUGAAGAUAAGUUACCCCAAUGCAUCAAUCCUCUAUCUCUGCAUAUAAUGAGAAUAACUUCAGAAUAUGUAAGCAGUUCUAGCAUGGAGAAAGAAAAGGAAUCGGACGAAGAGAGUGUAGGUAAAAAAUCGGAUAUACCAACUGUCGGAGAAAAUGAAAUUGAAGUAGGAGGUAUAAGACAAAAAACAGCAAAAUUAAAACGUUUCUUAGGUUCUACUGUUAAAAAAACAAUGCACAAAGCGAAAUCUAUAGCUCAAGAAGUCUCUCAUGCUAGACAUAAAGAAGACGCCAUUGAUAUAAUAGAUAAUGUGCAUCCUGGUGAACAAAGCUGUAAACUAAAGGCUGCCAAUUCGCAUAAAGGUCCUUAUGAGUUUGAAAAAGUAGAACAUGUUCAAGAACUGAAUGACGACCAACACGAAGGACCUAUUUGGUGCAUGAAAUUCUCCAGUUGCGGUAGAUUAUUGGCGACAGCUGGUCAAGAUAAAAUUUUAAGGAUAUGGGUUGUUAGAGAUGCUUAUCCUUUCUUUCAGGAUAUGCGAACCAAAUAUAAUGCAGAAAAAGUUUCCCCAACACCUUCUCAAGAAUCACUAGUAUCACAUCAUUCAGCCGAAAUGUCAAAUCAUGCAGCAUAUGAAGGAAUGACAGCAGAAGAGGCAAGCAAAUUAACAUUUAUGCCUAAACCGUUUUGCACAUACACCGGACAUACGUCGGAUUUGCUUGAUGUUUCUUGGUCUAAAAAUUAUUUUAUUCUCUCAUCUUCUAUGGACAAGACAGUCAGAUUAUGGCAUAUUUCCAGGAAGGAAUGUCUUUGUUGCUUCCAACAUAUCGAUUUUGUGACUGCUAUCGUGUUUCAUCCUAGAGACGAUAGGUACUUCCUGAGUGGUUCUUUGGACGGAAAGUUGAGAUUGUGGAACAUUCCAGAUAAAAAGGUUGCUGUAUGGAAUGAAGUAGAAGGUAACCCAAAAUUAAUAACUGCCGCAAACUUUUGCCAAAACGGAAAAUUUGCCGUCGUCGGCACAUAUGACGGUCGCUGUAUAUUUUAUAUCACAGAUCAACUGAAAUAUCACACUCAGAUACACGUACGUUCAUCUAGAGGCCGAAACGCCGUAGGAAGAAAAAUCAGUGGAAUAGAACCGAUGCCAGGUGAAGAUAAGAUUUUAGUUACUUCGAACGACAGUAGGAUUAGAUUGUAUGAUCUGAGGGACUUAAAUGUUUCUUGCAAAUACAAGGGAUAUGUUAAUAUGAGCAGUCAAAUUAAAGCUAGUUUCAGUCAUGAUGGAAAGUAUAUUGUUAGCGGAUCUGAAAAUAGAGAUAUUUAUAUUUGGAAAACGAAUCAUGAUUAUUCGAAAUUUUCGUCAGUUAGGAGAGAUAGAAACGAUUUUUGGGAAGCAAUUAAAGCCCAUAAUGCUACUGUUACCUGCGCCAUAUUCGGACCUAAUCCGGAGGUUAUAAUCAAAAUGUUGGAAGAGAGUCAAAGGAAAGCCAUAGAAGUAGAAAAUUGUGAUAAAAAGAUUGAGGAUCCGGUUGUUGAACAGCAUACCAAAGGUUGUGGAGGUUAUGUCUUAGUAUCGGCCGAUUUUAAUGGUUGUAUUAAGGUAUUUGUUAACAAAAUAAAGCCUAAGCACAGUUCGUUACCAGUUUCUGCAAUGGCAUAAUUGCGUUUAUAAUCCGAAAUUUUUAAAAAACAUUUCUAUCAAAGUAUAUUCGCAAAAUUGAUUUUAAUUUGUUAACUAUUGACUGUUAUUAAUAUUCACUUUUUUUGUGCUAAAUGGUGCUACUCAAAAUUCUAAUCAGGCGACAAAUAUUAUUUUCAUUAGUAUCAAUCAGAAAAAUGUAAAAAAAUUUAUGAACCACUAGAGGCUGAGUCAUUUAAACUACAAAUUGAUACCUGUGCUCUUUUUACUUUUCUAUAAAAAAUAUUUAAAAAUCCCGGAAUUUAAUAUGAUUUAUAGUAAUAACUUUUGAUGCCAUUAUUUACUUAUUUUUAUUUUAUUUUGAUAAAUGUUCUGAGAUGUCUAUUACUUUUGACAAUUGACAGUCGAUAGGCUAAUAAAUAUAUUCUAUAUGCGAUUGUACUUUGAAAUAGGCAUGGUUUGAUAUUGUGAAUAUUGUUUGUGGCCAUAAUAAAUUUAUCAUUGUUUUUUGGAAAAAUAUUUUUUAUUAAGACAUACAUGUAAGUUCGGUGCUUUUCAUUUUGUGCUUUUUGUUAAAUAUGUAGAUUUUUAUUGAACAAUUUUUUUUUUGAGAACAAAAAUAUAAGUAGUUUUAGUUGUAAAAUUUUAGAAAAAACUCCGAAUGAAACUCUUUAUUUUAAUACAUUAUAAUGGGAAAGGUAAAAGAACCGUUUACUUUAAAUUUCUAGAUUAAAUAACAAUUUAGUCCUAGAUCUACUUAAAUGUUUGAAAAUAUUUCUUAUUAGUUAUUAUAAAUCUCCCAGUGAACAGUAACAUCUAAUAUUGUAUAGAAGUGUAAAAUCGAGAAAUAGAACCUUUAUUUGAAAUGGUCCCGACAAAAAAUUGUGUCUUCCUUGAAAUAUUUCAAAAUAAAAUUUUUUUCUAAAAUUUUAGCAACCUGGAAUUUAAGAGUUAAUUCUAGAUUUCAUUAUUUUCUUUCAAUAAUCAUUUUAUAUUUUAUGCUUUUAAUUUUAAUUAUCAAAAAUAAAUGUACCUACCUAAUAUAUUUUUAAAUAAUUUAUAUUUUUAUUCCUAAAUGGUUUUUUAAUGAGGCUUGAACUAUUAGUUUUAUCAAUUGUUUUCGUUGUAAAUAAGUUUUGUUGUUAAGAAAUAAAUGAAC